AUGAACAACAACAACUCUAGCUCUUCAACUUCAACAGUAGGGGCAGGAGCGAAUCCUGGUGGUCCUGCUCAAUCGAUGGCUACACCAUCAUCUUCAGCAGCAGCAGCUACAGGGACAACAACAGCAACUAGCAGUGAUGGGUCGGGCAAGAAAAUUAGGAAACCUUAUACAAUUACCAAGUCUCGUGAGAGUUGGACUGAAGAAGAGCAUGACAAGUUUCUUGAAGCACUUCAAUUGUUUGAUCGUGACUGGAAAAAGAUUGAAGAUUUUGUGGGUUCAAAGACGGUGAUCCAGAUUCGGAGUCAUGCACAGAAAUACUUUUUGAAGGUCCAAAAGAAUGGGACAAUUGCACAUGUGCCUCCUCCUCGCCCUAAACGCAAAGCUUCUCAUCCUUACCCGCAGAAGGCAUCGAAAAACGUUUUAGUGCCACUCCCAGCAUCCAUGGCUUACCCUUCAUCAAUGAAUACCUUUGCACCGGGAUAUGCUCCAUGGGAUGAAACUUCAUUGUUAAUAAACUCCGCAACAAGCACAAUCAUGCCAUCGCAAGAUGAACUUAGCAAUCUUCACAGAGCUGAAGGUGAGAUUAUUUCUACUAGAGGGAACUUUCCAGCACUUCUUAUGGCAUGCAACGUUACUGAUUCAGCUGAUAUUGGACCAAAGGGUGUGUCAAGGGUUAGUAACAAUAAUGUCAGUGGCCUUGGGACCUCAAGUAGAACAUUGCCGAGCGCUGAGAUGCCAAAGCAAGGGAAGCAAGCACCUAUGCUUCACGGUAUACCAGAUUUUGCGGAAGUAUAUGGCUUCAUUGGAAGUGUCUUUGAUCCAGACAUGAAAGGGCAUGUGAAAAAGCUCAAGGAAAUGGAUCCUAUAAAUUUUGAAACUGUUUUGUUAUUGAUGAGGAACCUUACUGUUAACCUGUCCAGCCCUGAUUUUGAGCCAAUUGUAAGUAUUAAUGCUGUGUGUGUUUGUUCAUAG